GUAUAUCGUAGUCGCAGUCACAUUCGAAGAGUUCGCGAUAUUAAGUUCAAAGACACGCUCGCUGCUUCGCGUUCUUCUACCAAAGACCAAGAGGGCCUCGCAUAAAAAAUCGGACUAGUUUCUUUCUUUUCCCUUCCUUCAUCAAGAAGAAGAAGAAGUGUCUCGUGUUAUAAUAAAAUCGUAGUGUUUACAAAUAAGUGUGUGAUAAGAAGACGAAGAAGGGCUUCAGUGGUUUGGUUGUUUUUUUUUCAAGUGAUGUUGGCGUUGUAAUAAAACUUUUUCGUUUAUCGCAGUGCAAAUAAUCGCGAGUUUAAAAAUAACCCAGUAACCGCGGUUUCUGGUGUUUUGAACAUUUGAGAUCACGUGACAGUGGCAAUAACAAUUAUUCCGACAACAAAUCGCUCCGCAACAGCCUCGAGAUCUGACCCAGUGGGAUUUUUAAACACAUGGUGAUCCUGGUGUUCCGGUGAGGGGGAGCCCGGCCAUGCGCCUCGGCCUGGCUUCUCUGCUGGUCGCGCUCUUAUUGUUUUCACCCUCCCGUUCGACCUCCCCCUUGCCCCCUUUGGAGGAGGACCCCAAUGCCCGCUUCCUGGCGUUACAUGCGGCCCCCCCAUCUCGACCCUCCAUCAGCACGACCAGCACCCACCAGAAUGCACCACCGUUCAAGAAGUACACCUCCUCCGAGGAGGAUAUCCAGCACAAUGACCUGGAUAUGGGACACGAGGACGAGUUUAGGUACACGUCGGCCACUGUAUACUCUUCGGUGGUGGACAAGAGGGAGAACCUCACCAGUGAAAAUCUCAAGAGUCAGCCGUUGCAUAAGAGGAAACAGAUCACAGUGGGGUAUCUCACGGCCGUCAAGGGGGAGCUCAGGGAGAGGCAGGGGUUGGCGGUCUCGGGGGCCAUCUCCAUGGCUCUAAACGAGGUUAACAACGACCCCGACAUCCUCCCCAACGUGACACUAGUGAUGCGCUGGAACGACACGAGAGGGGACACAGUGAUAGCGACUAGAGCCAUGACCGAUAUGGUCUGCGACGGCGUUUCGGCCUUUUUCGGCCCUGAAGGCACCUGCCAUGUCGAAGCCAUAGUCGCCCAAUCGAGAAAUAUUCCAAUGAUUAGUUAUAAAUGUUCCGAUUACAAAGCUUCUCAAGUACCAACUUUCGCCAGAACCGAACCACCAGAUACACAGGUGACCAAAUCGGUGGUGUCCCUUUUGGACUACUAUAAAUGGUACAAAUUCUCGAUUAUCUACGAAGAAGCGUGGUAUACGGUAGCACAGUCGCUGGUACAAGAAGCCAAAAAGAAGAAUAUGACCAUCAAUGAUGAGAAGAAAGCGAAAGAUAGCUACAAGUGCUGUGCGGAACAGCUCACCUGUUGCGGAAGCGGAUAUUGGUACCAGUUUAUACAAAAUACCAAAAAUCGGACCAGAAUCUACGUUUUUUUGGGCGGUUUGACCUCUUUGCUCGACCUCAUGAUAACCAUGCAAACAGCCCAAUUAUUCGAAAAUGGGGAAUACAUCGUGAUUUAUGUUGACACAAACACCUACUCGGAAAAAGAGGCUCACAAAUACAUUUGGAAACCGGCAAUUUUCGACAAAUACGAAAAUUGUUUAAAUAAUGAUUACAACGGACUACUGAAACGUGGCAAAUCCUUAUUUGUGGUAGUACCAACAGCACCGACUGAAAAUUAUGAAAGUUUCACUGAAAAAGUCCGGUAUUACAAUUCGCGAGAACCUUUCAAUUUCGAAACUUCCGUUUUGCUGAAAUCGUUCGAAAAGUAUGUGUCAAUUUACGCCGCCUACUUGUACGAUUCGUUCAAACUCUACGCAAACGCUCUUCACAAAUUGUUGUCCGAAGAACCGGUUUUAACCGACGAACUGAUCGACGAAAUCGCGAGUAAUGGGACCAAAAUCGUCGAAACCAUCAUCCGAAUGAAAACCUACAAGAGCAUCACCGGCGCCACCAUGAAGCUGGACAAGAACGGCGAUUCGGAGGGAAAUUUUUCAGUUUUGGCUUUUCAGCCCGUGAGCGGCGACCAGCACGUCCAUGGAAAUUUCUCGUGUCCGUUUCAGAUGCGGCCCGUGGGUCAGUUUUUCCAGCAAUCGGGCGAUUUUCCAGAGUACAAGAUUUAUACCAACACCCAGAUCCAAUGGGCCGGGUCCGAUAAGCCCAACGAUGAGCCCAGUUGUGGGUUUAAUAACGAAUUGUGUCCCAAACCCAACACCCAUCUUAAUAGUAUCAUAGCGGCGGGGGUUUUGGCCAUUUUGCUCUUCUGCGCGGGGGUUAUCACGAUGAGUAUUUACAGGAAAUGGAAAAUCGAGCAGGAAAUUGAAGGGCUUUUGUGGAAAAUCGACCGCAGUGAGAUACACAGCUACUUUGAGAGGGAUAUUGUUUCUAGUCCAAGUCGGCUUAGUCUAAUUAGUGCAAGUGUCACUUCUUACGAAUCCAGAGGUGGCUUACAAGUCUUCGCAACGACAGCUCAAUACCGGGGCGUCGUGGUCCGAAUAAAAGAGCUAACUUUUUCAAGAAAAAAGGAUAUUUCACGAGAUGUCAUGAAAGAAAUGAGGUUAUUGAGAGAGUUGAGACACGACAACAUCAAUUCUUUUAUUGGUGCUUGUGUCGAACCGACUUCUUUGCUACUAGUCACUGAUUAUUGUGCCAAAGGAAGCCUCUAUGAUAUUAUAGAAAACGAGGAUAUUAAAUUGGACAAGAUGUUUAUCGCGUCGCUGGUUCAUGAUCUCAUUAAGGGCAUGUUGUACAUCCACAAUUCGAUGCUAGUGUGCCAUGGUAAUUUAAAAUCGUCAAAUUGUGUGGUGACUAGUCGAUGGGUCCUUCAGGUGACCGAUUUUGGGCUCGCUGAAAUGCGACAUUGCGCUGAAAACGACAGCAUCGGCGAACACCAGUAUUACCGAAGUUUGUUUUGGAAGGCGCCUGAAAUUUUGCGCAACCCUAGCGCCUACUGUCGCGGUACCCAAAAGGGCGACGUCUACGCCUUCGCCAUCAUUCUGUACGAGAUUCUGGGCCGGAAAGGGCCCUUCGGAACCACGGGCUACGAACCCAAGGAGAUAAUCGAGUUGGUGAAACGCGAACCAAUCGACGGCGAGGAGUGUUUCAGGCCUGAAAUCGAUCUUUUACUCGACUGUGAAAUCGGCUGUGAUGAUUACGUUUUACAAUGCAUGAAAGAUUGCUGGGCUGAAAAUCCUGAAGCCAGGCCGGAUUUCGCCGCGAUUCGGAGCCGCCUGAAGCGGAUGAAGGACGGAAAGAACAAGAACAUCAUGGACCAGAUGAUGGACAUGAUGGUCACUUAUGCGAACAAUUUGGAGGAGAUCGUGUCGGAGAGGACGCGAUUGCUCUACGAGGAAAAAAUGAAAACUGAAGAUUUGUUACACAGGAUGUUACCGAAACCAGUUGCUGAAAGAUUGACCAAUGGUUCAGGCGUCGAGCCUGAAUCUUUCGAUUCGGUUACGAUUUAUUUCAGCGAUAUUGUCGGGUUUACAGCAAUGUCGGCUGAAAGUACGCCACUGCAAGUCGUCAAUUUCUUAAACGAUCUCUAUACAGUAUUUGAUAGGAUCAUCAAGGGUUACGAUGUUUACAAAGUUGAAACUAUUGGUGAUGCUUACAUGGUGGUUUCCGGCCUCCCGUUGCGCAAUAAAGACCGCCACGCUGGCGAAAUCGCCUCCAUGGCCUUGGACUUACUCUCCGCCGUGAAAAACCAUUCCAUUUCGCACCGCCCGAAAGAAGUCCUAAAACUCCGAAUCGGAAUUCACACCGGCCCUGUGGUAGCCGGCGUCGUGGGACUUACAAUGCCCCGUUAUUGCCUCUUUGGCGACACCGUCAACACAGCCUCCCGCAUGGAGAGCAACGGCGAACCCCUCAAAAUCCACAUCAGCCACCAAUGCAAGGAAGUCCUAGACAAGUUAGGCGGUUACGUCGUAGAAGAACGCGGAUUGGUCAACAUGAAAGGGAAGGGGGAAGUCCGAACCUUCUGGCUGAUUGGUGCAACAGAACAAGCCAUACAGAAGCGCGAAGUGGAUUGGGGGGACUUCCCCCCACUUUUCUGCCGCCCGAGGAGAAGUCCAAAACUGAACAACGACUCGCGGCAACCCAGCGUGUGUGGGGGCUUCGGGGGGAUGACCAGUCGGCGCCACUCCAGUGUCCCGAGAGACCAAGGCUCCAAGCUGACCAUCAACACGGCGUUCGGGAGCCAAAUCAUCGAGAAUGUGGAGGAGUCGCGACGUGGAUUGCGUCCUCGGCGAGUCCUCUCGAGCAUUGCGUCGAGUUCCGAUGAGCAGAAGAAGACGAGCCAAAAUAUGCUCAAUAAGAUACGUGAGUCGAAGAGUUUGGAUCCGUUGCCGUUGAUUAGGACGACGAAGCCGGGGGACGUGGGGGGUGAUGGGGGCAACAAUAAGCCGUUGGAUGUGGGGAGGAGGUCCACCAGGUCGUUGGAAAACUGUGAUAAGUGCGGCGAAGUACAAAUCAUCGCCAUUCCUGAGGAUAAACUCAUCAAUAAUAAUUUUCCAAAUGGGAAUAUUCUACCAACUGAUGAAAGUUAUAUCGAGGAUGUUCAAGUACCGUUGCUUAAUACGCAGUGUCCGGUGGUGAGGAGGAGGGGAGGGAGUGCCAUUGAUGAUACUUUGCAAAAUCACACCUCCAAAAGAUGGCGCUCUUUGGAGUCGCUCCCGGCGAGUUGCGAGCCCGUUCCUGACAUCCAGAGCAAAAAAAAGGCCUCGUUGAAGAACUGGUUGGUGGGACUUUUCAACGGAAACGGCCUAAAAUCGAGCAAUACUUCGCUCAGAAAAGGAGUCAUCAACGAUUACAAUAACUUAACAGAGAAGGAAAGCAUCGUGUGAGAGAGAAACUAAAGUCAAUUGUUGAAGAAAAGGGAAACUAGUCGAAUUAUUAUUGAGGAUAAUAAUUAAUAAUAAUAAUAAUAAGAAGAAGAAGAAAAAAUCGGUUAUAUAUUUUUUGAAGGAAGAGACGACUUAUCGGUAUAUUUUCUAUGCCUUUUUGUGACUACUAUAUUAGAUAUAUUGUUGCAUUUAUGUAAGAAAGUCGCAAUUAUGAAAAAUCCGUUUUUGCCAUAAUUUAGUUUAUUUUUGGGAUUUGGAUAAUUGCAACUUUCGCCCCCUCCCCCUCAAGUAUGCUUCUUCAAAUUAAUUCUCCUACUUGUUCAUCGUUUAAACUAGAAUAAAAUUUAUGUGAUAGCGUGAACGAAGCUAUGUUAGGUUUUAAAUCCAAUUUUUAAGUAUGUGAGAUCUAGUUUUAAGAAGUGUUUUAUAUGUAACCAUCUGUUACCCAAUUGUGAUUAUAUUUUUCUAGCAAGUGCUGCAAAAACAAAAACAAACGGAUAAUACGACAGCAUUUAAAUAUGAUGAACCAAUUUCAACGAUCUGACUGGUGAAUAAUUCAUUUUUCGGUGGUACAAAAGUCGGAAUUUUUGUGUUAGAGGCUGUGAAUAUUAUCUUCAUGUGUAAAUAAAUUAUGUCAUAUCUUUGCACUAUUCGAUGUGCCAUUAACUUAUAAUUGUAUCGAGGUACCUAAUUAUGUAAAUAGUCUAGGUAUUGUUUGAUAAUAUACUUAUUUAUUUAUUAA